UGUCCUGAAGGUGUCGUUCACGAAGAUUCCUUCAAGGACAUCUACGCCAAGUUCUUCCCUCACGGAAACUCGAGCAUGUACGCCCACUACGUCUUCAAGGCCUUCGAUGUCAACAGCAACGGUGCCAUCAGUUUUAGGGACCUUCUGGUGACGCUGUCGACGCUGCUGCGCGGCUCCAUGUACGAGAAGCUGCGCUGGACGUUCAAGCUGUACGACAUCAACGGCGACGGCUGCAUCACGCGCGCCGAGCUCUCCGAGAUCGUGUCGGCCAUCCACGAGCUGAUGGGGCGGCGCGCGCACCACGUCAGCAGGGUGGAGGACGAGAGAAAGGCGCGCGAGCAGGUCGACAGGGUGUUCAAGAAGCUCGACCUCAACCAGGAUGGCGUCAUCACCAUCGAGGAGUUCAUCGAGUCCUGCCUCAAGGACGAGGUGAUCACCAAGUCCCUGCAGGUGCUGGACGCCGGCAGCGGGCUAUGAUGGCCGGCCCGGGCGGCGGCCGCGGCCGGG